CAAGUCUGCCUCCAGAAAAGUGCUAAGUGACAACUGCCUCUUUUGUUUUUGCUCGCUGAUUGUUUGGAUCAUUUUCCGCUUCGAGCUUUGGCUGCACAGAUGAGGUUGACUAGCAAAAACCAGACCUACUUGGUCACGGGAGGCUGUGGUUUCCUGGGAAAACAUCUGGUCGAAAUGCUUCUGGAACAAGAACCCAACCUUGCCGAAAUACGGGUCUUUGACUUGCAUCUGGAUCAAAGUAUGCGCAGCUUGGACAGAGUGACUCUCAUCCAAGGAGACAUCAGCAAUCCAGAAGAUGUGACGCCAGCAGUCAAAGGCGCCCAUGUCGUCAUUCACACAGCCGGUCUGGUGGACGUCUGGGGCAGAGUCCCACCCCAGAAGAUCAUGGCAGUUAAUGUGCAAGGAACCAAAAAUGUAAUUGAGGCCUGUGUCACGCAAGGAGUCCAGUAUCUGAUUUACACCAGCAGCAUGGAGGUCGUAGGACCUAACAUAAAAGGCCACCCUUUCUACAGGUGCAAUGAGGACACAAAAUAUGAGGCCAUACACCACCAUCCUUACCCACUUAGCAAAGCCAAGGCCGAGCGGCUUGUCAUCGAAGCCAAUGGGCAAGUGAUGCCGAAUGGGAAGCGGCUAGUCACUUGUGCCCUUCGUCCAACGGGCAUCUAUGGGGAGAACCAUCUGCUGAUGAAGGAGUUUUAUGAGAACGGGCUGAUGACAAAGAAAUACAUGAUCCGGGCCAUCCCAGCCUCUGUGGAGCAUGGCAGGGUCUAUGUAGGCAACGUGGCUUGGAUGCAUCUCCUGGUGGCUCAGAAGAUCCAAGAGGACCCCUCAAUCAUCGGGGGCCAAGUUUAUUUUUGCUACGAUGACUCUCCAUACAAGAGCUACGAGGACUUUAACAUGGAGUUCUUGAGGCCAUGUGGCUUCCGCCUCUUGGGGUCCCGUCCCCUGCUGCCGUUCUUUCUCCUCCAUCUGAUAGCUCUGCUCAAUGCUCUCCUGCAGUGGCUCCUGAAGCCCUUCUGCGUCUAUGCCCCCAUCCUCAACCCCUACACCCUGAUCAUUGCCAGCACUACCUUUACCAUACAGACCGACAAGGCUCUGAAACACUUUGGAUACCAACCUUGUUUCACCUGGGAAGAGAGCCGGAAUCGCACAAUUGGUUGGCUCCAAGAGGUUACGGCAGAGAAGCAGGUGGAGAAGCAAGACGGGUCGAUGUGAAUGGCGUGAUCUCUGCAGGGAACCUGGUUGGGGACUAGAAAUCUGGAUUUUGGAUGUGCUAAACUCAGAACAAUUGCAAUAUCAAGCUAUGGCCUUAUAUUGACUGGUUUUAGACGGUGAUGUUAGAAAUUUGUACAGUAGCUACCUUUGCCCUUAGGUGACCUUUGGAAGCAGCUCUACAGCCUUGCAAGAAUGGGUGGGCCCUCUGUUUCCCCAGGUGGAAAUGUCAAAUACCAAAGAAAUGCAUUUUAGAUUUUGGCUGAGUGCACCAAUGUCUCCUUCUCAAACUCGAUGAAGCCUUUUUUUCCCCCAGCCAAAGUCCCAAACAGAAUGACUUUUGAUGAUGGUCUUCAAUGUUUCCAUCAUGUCAUACAUUCCAACCUACUCGCAAGGCUUUGAUUUAGCAUGCUCCAAAGUUUAACUGGAAGGUUGCAAGGUCAGCUCAUCUUCUACCAUUCCUUAGCUUUGGAAGACGGAUUGUUGAUCCAUUCCUUGUCACUACAGACUAGUUCCGUGUUUUUCUUCCUACCUCAGUGACCCCUAAGUGCAAUAAGGAUGGAAAUUCAUGUUUUUGAUGUAAUCUAGCUAGUCACUAUUUAUCUGAGUAAGCAGAUACUCUUAAGUAUGAAAGGAGACUAAUAAGCUGUUAUAUUAUUUUCUAGCCUCAAUUAUCUUACAUGACUUGUGCAAUAGAAAUGUAUGACUAGAAAACCUCCUUGGUGGCCAACAAUUAAGUUAAACAAGCAAAUAAAUAUAUUAUAUUCU